CUCACUCAGACUCACUCUCAAAGGUAUUUAAGCUCUUCCCUGGCUCUUGCAGGAUCUUGAUUAUUUACUGCAUUUACGCUCAAGCACUCUAUCAUCAUGGGUCUCCUCGAUUUCUUCCAGAAUGAUCACGAUGACGUGCACAACAACGGUAACUUAACGCACGACGCACUCGCUGGCGCUGUCGCGUACGAGGCUGCCAAAGCCUAUGAGAACCACCUAGCAGAGAACGGGAAACCCGACGACCACGCCAGGGCUAAAGAGCUCAUUGCUGGUUUCGUCGGCGCUGCUGCAACACACCUAGCCGAAACUAAGGGCCGUGAUGCAUACGAUAAGUACAAGGUUGAACACGAUGCCAAGAAGCGUCUUCACGAACACGUCGACAAGGAAUACCAGUGAUUUAGCCAACAUCAUAUUACUUGUGUUGUAUAUCGAGCUGUACAUUAGACUGCCACACCUAACUGUGGAACAUUUCAAUCUGGUUAACCUUCGUUGAAGCAAGUUAUCUCGUGAAGCGGGAUGCGGGGGGAUCUGGCGCGAUACCAACUUAGCAGGUGACGAAAUGAAAGGCUAACUGCCGUGGACAUGAACGUCCACGAGAUCACUUGCCCUUAGAAGAACUAGCCUAACAGAAUAUGAUAAGCACAGACAUUUUUUCUCACAAACGCCAGCAGAUUAUCGUGGGAGUAUGAUCGAUAAGAUCACUGAUCCUAGUGGGCCACCGUGCAGGGGACUGUGGACCGUAUGUAGUCAAAUCAAG